AUGUCGGAGCCGAGACCGAAGGACAGGAUGUCUGAUGGUGAUAUUAAAGGCCGACUCGGGAUUUUGAUAUCCGAUCCGACAACGAAUUUGCAAAAAUCCGCCUACGGGAUAAAGGAGUCCCUUAAACGGCCGCUUACAGGGCUCUUGAGGCGAACCAGCUCACGGGGAGGUCGAAAGAACGCUAAAGAUGAUACAGUGUCGAAGAACCUUGAUCUAGAUCGGACAGCUGUAGUAUCGAACGAACAAUCUGCUUUUUACGUUUCUUUGGUAGAAAGUGAAAGUGUUGCAGUUGACGAAAAAAGUAAUUUGGCAGAAAUAAAUGGAGGUCGGAAGGAUGAAAUUCAAAAUUUGGACAAGUUCCGUUUGUCGGAGCCUACACCUGCAGUACCAUUAAGCAUUGAUGCAGUGAAUCCGAAAAAUGCUUGGAUGUCUAAAAUCGACGAUACUGAAGAAGAAGUGAAAGAGGAGGCAGUGCCUUGGUCGUGGGAUUACCUUUUCGCUUGUAUUAGCGUAGAAUUACGGGAAGACUGGUCAUUUGAGGAAGACCAAAUGGAUGAGAACCGCUUGCAGAUCUGA